AUGGCCGCUCGUCCUCAGAACAUUGGCAUCAAGGCCAUUGAGAUUUACUUCCCCAGCCAGUAUGUCGACCAGGUCGAGCUCGAAAAGUUCGAUGGCGUUGCCGCUGGCAAGUACACCAUUGGUCUAGGCCAGACCAAGAUGGCCUUUUGCGACGACCGUGAGGAUAUCUACUCAAUGGCCCUCACCGUCACCUCAAGACUGCUCAAGAACUACAACGUCGACGUCAACUCCAUCGGCCGCCUCGAGGUUGGCACUGAGACCAUCCUCGACAAGUCCAAGUCGGUCAAGUCGGUCCUGAUGCAGCUGUUUGGCGACAACACCAACAUUGAGGGCGUCGACACCAUCAACGCCUGCUACGGCGGCACCAACGCCUUCCUCAACAGCGUCAACUGGGUCGAGUCCUCCGCCUGGGACGGCCGCGAUGCCAUUGUCGUUGCCGGUGACAUUGCCCUCUACGCAAAGGGUGCUGCCCGCCCCACCGGUGGCGCUGGUGCCGUCGCCAUUCUCGUUGGCCCUAACGCUCCUAUUGUUGUCGAGCCCGGUCUGCGUGGCAGCUACAUGCAGCACGCCUACGACUUCUACAAGCCCGACCUGACCAGCGAGUACCCCGUCGUCGACGGCCACUUCUCCCUCACUUGCUACACCAAGGCCCUCGACGCCGCCUACCGUGACUACUGCAAGAAGGAGGCCAAGCUGGCCAACGGCACCGCCAACGGCGUCGACGAGUCCAAGACGCCCCUGGACCGCUUCGACUACCUUGCCUUCCACGCCCCCACCUGCAAGCUGGUCCAGAAGUCGUACGCCAGACUGCUGUACCACGACUUCCUGGGCAAUGCCGAUGCCGCUGCCUUUGCCGAGGUCGCCCCUGAGCUGCGUGACAUGGACUACGAGAAGUCCCUGACCGACAAGGCUCUCGAGAAGACCUUCAUGACCCUCACCAAGAAGCGCUACCAGGAGCGCGUCAACCCCGCCAUCCAGGUGGCCACUCUGUGCGGCAACAUGUACUGCGCCAGUGUCUGGGGUGGGCUCGCCAGCUUGCUGUCCUUUGCCGACAGCAAGGCUCUCGAGAACAAGCGAGUUGGUCUUUUCAGCUACGGCUCUGGUCUCGCCGCCACUUUCUUGUCUCUCCGCAUCGUCGGCAGCGUCGAGACCAUUGGCAAGACUCUGGACAUUCCCGCCCGUCUGGAGGCCCGCCGCGCCGUCCCUCCUGAGACUUAUGAUGAGAUGUGCAACCUCCGAAAGCAGGCUCACCUCCAGAAGAACUACACCCCCAAGGGCGAUGCCUCCACCAUCGCCCCCGGCACCUACUACCUGGAAAAGGUCGACGACAUGUUCAAGCGCGAGUACUCAGUAAAGGCCUAA